GGAAGGAGAUUGUAUGCGGAAGUAGCAGCGCAUGCGCGGGAGAAAGGGCUGUAUCAUGGAGACGACCAAGGCUGCUGCGCCGGCUACUGAGGAAGGACCCCAACAGGCUGCCAAGCAUGAUCCUGCUGUUGAAACAGCAGAAGAAGCUACAGAACCAGCAGAGGCAGAUAUCAAUGAACUUUGUAAGGAUAUGUUCAACAAAAUGGCAGUUUAUCUGACAGGUGAACUAACUGCCACUAGUGAAGACUACAAACUGUUGGAAAAUAUGAACAAGUUGACUAGUUUGAAAUACCUAGAAAUGAAAGAUAUUGCAAUAAAUAUAAGUCGAAAUCUGAAGGAUUUGAAUCAGAAAUAUGCUGGACUUCAGCCAUAUCUGGAGCAAAUCAAUCUAAUUGAAGAGCAAGUGGCAGCUUUGGAACAGGCAGCUUACAAACUGGAUGCAUAUUCAAAGAAACUUGAAGCAAAGUACAAAAAACUGGAGAAACGAUGAAAGGACACUAUGCAAUGAGACUUUUUUUUCUAAAACAUAUGGCUCUUCCAUGCAAGAAAUAGGAUCAUGUGUCACUGACUUUCUGGAUUUUACACAAUUUGUUACACAAAAAAACAGUCUUGAGUAGAGUUUUGUGGGAACUCCUAAGGUCUGUAGUGGCUCCCCUUGGCUGAAAUCUUCUCCUGUAGAACCUGUCUUUUCUUAAUGUUCUUUUUUUUUACUCAUUUACAGGAGAUUAAUAUCAAGGCCACUUCUAGCUGCUUCAGCAAUCUGAUACAGUAAUUUCCCCAUAACUAAUAUUUUUGCACUUACUCCCCAAUGAAACAUAUGUUGAAAGUUGUGCUUUGCAGAGAUACUGAUUUGUGAAAAUGAUGGCUACCAAUAUACUGUGAUAGCUACUAAAAUGGUAUGGCCUUACAGCAAAGUGUGUGUAUGUGUUGUUUUGUUUUUGAGAAACAUAUAAUAGCCAGAAAGUAACAUAAAACUGUUUGCGGUAGGAGGAUAAUCUUCAGGUUUUUUUCGGAGUGGUAUUCUAGAUCAGUCCAAACUGCUUUCUCUCAUGAUAAGGCAGAAUAUGUACGGGACUGGCUGGUUCUAAGCUUGCUCUGUCUCAGCAGCUACUUGGCAUGUGGCUGAAGAUAACUCAAUUUAAUUCUGCCAGUUUAUGAUGGGUUUAUUAUAGUAGAGCUUAGAUCGGGCACAGGAAAGCUUCAGCCCUCCAGUUUUUUGGAACUUCAACUCCCAUCAUUCGUAACAGCCAGUAAGCUGUUAAAAAUUGUGGGAGUUGGAAGUUCCAAACACCUGGAAGACUGAAGUUUGCCCAUGCCUGGCUUAGAUGGUGAUAAUAUACCAUAGGUAGAGCUUCAUCUCCUUUAAAAUCUAAUUCAGAAACACUAAAGAAAAAUAAUCCAAGAAUGCCAGGAUGGAAAGUGGUACUGUAAGGCAACUGCUAAAGAAGUACUAGUCCUGUCCACAAUUCUUCAUAGGCGCAACUGCCUAACUUUCCAAGCCUUUCUAGCAAGGCCUUGAAUUCUUGCUUUCCUGCCGUAAACUUGCAACGUCUUGGCACUCCACAUCUGAUGGUUCCUCCAUUUCUAUUCCACUGGGUACUAACCAUGUUCUUUCAACCCAAAUUUAUUUUGGAGAUCUGAUAUCUGUCAUCAAUUACAUUAACGUUAGUAUAGUACAACUGCAAAGUUUCAGAGUAACAUGUACAUUAAAAUGCUUGAGACAAUGAAUAGUGAAGAAAAACUUGGAAUUUUGUCAAUAUACACUGAGAACAGUGUCAAGCUUUACAGCAGAUGCAAUUUGUAAUAUGGGACCCUUAAGCAGUACCUGUUCUAUUUAGAAAAAUUGGCAAACUGUUUUUAAAAAUUGUCAUCCUCUACUUCAGGAAUGAUUUGUUGGGCAUUGUCUGGUUUUCUUUCUGACUACCUGAGUUUUAAUUAUAGUCAGACAUGGCACUGUUAUAUAUACAAUUAUUAAUCAUGCAGAAAUAUACAGGUGCAUUAACUCUGGGAUCUGCUCAACAUGACUGUUAGUAUUGCAUUUGUUGGCUCCCAUUACGACCACCAGCACAAUGCCAGUGUUGUCAAUAUCUCUUUGAAUGGUAGGCAGAUUUCCUUAGUAGGUAUUCUCUGUGCAGAAACUCAGCAUGAACAUGUGACUACUUACUAUUUCAGAUGUAUGUUUUUUAUACUUGCCUAAAUUCAGUAAUCGAGGCCUAUAAAAAUAUGUAUUGUACAUCAAAACAUAUAUAUUUUGGUAUUUGUGCCUGUGUGUUCUUUUUGACUUCCUAUGUGUAGGUAAAGUUUAUUGACAAUUAUCCUUCUUCCAUCAUGUUACUAAAUUGCUACACUGAUCUUUAACCAGACAGAUUUGGACUAUGGAAAAGAACAAUAAUGUUGAUGGAUUAGCUUCCAAAUUACUAUCUUUUCGCUGUAUCUUUUAACUUGCUGAGCAGCAUAUGGAGCUGAAGAAUUGGAUCGUUGUUCUGUCUAAAUAUCAUCUGCUUCAGGACUGAGCAACUGUAGCCCAUGCAUAAGAAGCUGAACUCCAAUACCCAUGAUCUUUACCAUUACCUAAACUGGAUCAAAGAGUUCAUGGGUCCCAGGAGAUCUCAAUUAAUAAAAUGAGGACAUCCGACACCUCAAAUGUCUAUUAAUUAGAGAAGAGUCUUCCUCACACUUGCCUGGUAUUAAACUAGGACUUUUAGCAUACAAAGUGUGUACUCUACAACUGAGUUUCAGGCUCCUGUUAAAUCUGGAGAGCUGAAAUCACCUCAGAUACUCUCUACCUCAAUCUAGCAUGAAACGUUUGCAUUUCUACAUUAACUUUUCUCAAUAGUGUUCAAUUUAGUAUCUAGCAAGAGCUCUAGCUGUACAAUGAUUUCACAUUUAAGUGAAGUGAUGCACAAGAAUUUUUAAUAAAACAUUCUUACAAGCCAA